CACCCUUAAAACAUAAAUGGCACUAUACAAAAAAUGCUAUUUUUUAGUUAAGUAUAGUGUCAAAAUGCGUAAGACGAAACGCGCCUAAUGCAAAGACUCCUGUAUCUCUAAUGUGCUUAAUUUUCGCUAGAUGUUACUAGUGUCACUUAUGAAUUUGUAACAACUUGUACGGUCGGUAACUAAUAAACCGGCACUAUGCCAGAUCGCGACAAGUCACCGGAGGGAUCCCUUGUCGAGGUGAGUAAAAAACUGGCACAUUGUGUUCAGUGUCACUUAUUAAAUAAAUAUACUUUCGAAUAUUUACAGUGAGUAAGUGCAUAAGUGGCAGUUUGAGUUUAACGUCAGUUAUUUAAUAACUUUAAUUAGGAUUUUGUUUUCUGUCUUCUACAAGUCAAAGAUAAAUUGUUUGAAUUUUACCAUCUCUGAGCUUGCUAGACAUAAUACUGAAUGUGUUUUCUGGGACGAACUGCAAGGUAACCGUGGAGCAAAUGAAAUAGGCUGUUGUGUCUUGAAAUACUUGCGAAGAAAUCUUCUUUAGCUGACGAAGACUUAGAUUUGUUUUCUAUUCAGAUAACUGCUGCGGCCAGCAGAAAAAUCAAUUCAUCAUCGGUAUGUACAUCUUGCAUAGUACAUACCGAUGAUGUGCACUUAACUGAAAAGUAGCAUCUAUAACACAUAAGUUUUAAAUCCGUGGACACACACAGAACGAAGGAGAUGCAGCACAUUCAACGAUUGAGCUACAAAUAAAAAUAAUACUUAAAUCUGGACCCAUUUAUGUGCCUUCCCAGUACGUAACCGACAUCAGAAGUGCAAAAAAACAUGGCACACCAUUCAAAGUAAACGAAAUGGCUUAUAACGAUUUCAUUGACAUCAAACAACUGCCCGUUCCUAGACUGAACAAAAGCGUUGAAAGUGAGCUUGUAAAGGUGUCUGAUAUAAAAGUCAUCAAAGUGGUGAAAGUUGAAGAUAAUAAGGUAAAGUUUUGUUACAAAACAUCCUACGUUGAUGAUUUCAAAGAACUUAACCUGGGAUCUAAAAAAGCCAGUGCAAGGAACCAGAGGACUGAAGAAUUGCAACAUCUGUAUAACCAAAAGUUAGAUUUAUCCGAAAGAAAGAAGAGUGACGUGAAAAGCCUUCUAGAUGCUGUUUUGAUACCCAACUUUUACAAUUCCUACUUUGACAGAGUUUUGAACUAGGUGGGUAGUGUCCACCCUUUAAAAAUGUAGUUGAUUAAUUAUUAUUUGUAAGAAGAGGUUUUUGAUAGGUGUUUUUUUGUGAUCUAUUUUACGGAUUUUUGUGCGGAAAUGUUUUUAAGUUACUGUCACUUUAUUCAUAUUUUUCUCGGUUCUAGAACUU